UACCAAGAAGCUCUAAUCGACACAGUGGUGUGCUCGCACAUUAUUGGCACAAAUUACUCGCGCGCAAGCCUGCAGGCGCUCGAGCGGCACCAGUACUUGGAGCAAUACCUUUGGCCAUACUUCCACGCGAAAGCGUCUGAUACGCACGUGAUGUCGAUUCUGCUGAUGGUCAAUGAGAAGCAGCAGAGUGGCGGGCGGGCGUUGGUGGAUUCCGCAUGGGAGAUGAUGGCAGAAGGUGCCGGCAUGCUGGUUGAGCGUGUGGUGGAUUUAACCACGGACCGUGUUGUCCGAGGAGAAGGUGGGGUGCCUGGGGACCCUGUCGGUGGACUGGACAUGUGGUCGGCGCGCAAUGUCCUGGUGCAGUUCCUUACAGGGUGUUUUGGCAGCUUGCAGGCGGAUAAUGUGCGCAACGCGUGCUUGCCCUUGGUGUCUGUGGGCGUGUGGCGGCAUGUGCAGGGCCAGGCGCUGGUUGAGGCGGAGCUCGAGGCCGUGCCGCAGCUGCGCAGACUGUGGAAACACGCAGGGAAGAGGAUCAGC